AUGUCAAAAGCUGGUGGCUUUGCUAAGGCAUAUGAAAAACAAGAAAAUAUUUUAAAUCAAAAAGUCCAAAACCAGACAUUCUCCUCAUUACUUCGAAGCUCAAAGUUAAUUGAUUUAGGAGACCCUGUUGGAAAAAUUGUAAUAGGAAAAAUUUUCCAUAUUGUUAAAGAUGAUUUGUAUAUUGAUUUCGGAUGGAAAUUUCACUGUGUGUGUACACGGCCCACUUCACGUGCAGAAGAAUAUGUAAGAGGAGCUAGAUUAGAGUCACUGUUCCUCAAGACAAACAAUGAAAAA